CAUAAUUUUCUAGGGUUUAUCAAAGGUUUUAGGGGAAAUCCGAAAUCAUCUGAUCUUGCAAAGUUAGAGAGAGAGAAGAGCAAAGAUGUUCCCUGGAAUGUUUCAGAAGAAGCCAAACAAGGAAGAAGCUCUGAAGCAGCUUCGUUCCCACGGUUUGAUGUUCGGAGCUUGGGUCGUCGCUGUUCGUAUCACUCCUUAUGUUCUUCAAUAUUUCCAGAAAGAGGAGCUCACUUUGGAGCUUUAACUCAUCAAUUCAGUGACACAGGAGAGAUGAAAAAUGAAGGGAAUUAGCUUCCCCAAGUUGUCGACAAAACCCUGAAUAUUUUGUAACCGCCAACAUGUAGUUGGACAGGAUUUGGUCAUGAAUCAUAUCACUGGUUGUUUGUUAAAAUAAUUAUAGUACAGUAAAAUUUUGAUGCAGUGUGUUUUAACUCCUUUUCUCCAA